AUGAUUUGGAUUGUGGCUUUCUAUGCUUAUGCGAAAGGCGGUACUGUGGCGCAGCCUGUAGCAGCAGCGAACUCGUUAUCUACACCGGAUCCGUCAACAUCAACGAAUUCUGGCGAUUGUCCACCAAAAAGAUUGCACGUGUCGAAUAUACCGUUUCGGUUUCGCGAUCCCGAUUUGAGGGCAAUGUUUGAAAAAUACGGCCCAGUGACUGACGUGGAGAUUAUAUUCAAUGAACGCGGCAGUAAGGGAUUUGGCUUCGUAACUAUGGAAAAAUCAGCGGAUGCAGAGAAGGCACGACAGGAAUUGCAUGGUUCAUCGGUGGAGGGUCGCAAAAUAGAGGUUUGCUUGUUGUCACACCAACACCUAAAACGAUUUAUGGCUGCUCUCUGCGUUUGUUCUUAG